AUGACAGAACGGAUUCCUGCAUGGAAAAGACUUGGAUUAAAGGUUAAGAAGAGUGUAGAAACGGACCCGCUUGCAGUUACUACUUUUAAAGAGCCAAGCAAGAAAAGAAAGGGAACCAAAGUUGUGAUAGAGACCAACAAUAAGAAACAAAAAAAGGCACCCAAGAGGAAGAAAGUUCCAAAGGGUGAAAGAGCAGCACCACCAGAAAAGGAUCAAUUGGUGUAUUUAAAAGAAUUCAAUGAAGAUAAAGAGCAUUGGAAGUUUUCGAAGCAGAAGCAAAACUGGAUAUUGAGGAAUAUUAAGGAUAUUCCGGAUAAAUAUGAGGAGUAUUUAAAUGGAUAUGUUUCUACGAUGAAAGGAGGUUCAAGAGAAAGAUUAGUUAAGGAUAUGAGAAAAAUUGUUGAGGAAUGGAAUAAAGAGUGUGAAAGUGUUAGUGAGGAGAUAGAGGGGAGGGCUGAGAAGGCUGAGAGGGCUGAGAAGGCUGAGAAGGCUGAGAAGGUUGAAGAGACGGAAAAGCCUGAAGAUACGGAAAAGCCUGAAAAGCCUGAAAAGCCUGAGAAGCCUGAGAAGCCACAGAAGCCUGAGAAAUCUCAGAUAGACUACAAUUAUGCUGUUAGAGCUAGUAAAAUUUAUGAGUUACUCACGGAAGAGGCUAUAGAUGUGAAGGUGUUAGGAAGUGAGGAUAAAGAGAAGAAAAAGAAGAUUAUAGUUGAAGAUGUUGAAGUGACAGAGUAUCAAGGGGAGUCAUGA